CGCUCCCUUUUUUUUCUGCUGAAUGUGGUGAAGUCAUAUAUUUCAGUCAGGGGUGUUUGCUGUAUUUAUACUGGCAGUCGUCUGUGGCGCUCUGCACUCUGCUGUGAGGAGGAAACAAGCCCGAACCCAGCGGUCCUCACCUGAAGGCUACCACCCAAAGAUCAACAUGGCAAACAAAGGUCCCGCCUACGGUCUGAGCCGAGAGGUCCAGAGUAAGAUUGAUAGGAAGUACGACCAAGAACUGGAGGAGCGGCUGGUCGAGUGGACCCUGGCCCAGUGCGGCUCCGCCGUGGGCCGGCCCGAAUCAGGAAAGCUGGGCUUCCAGAACUGGCUCAAGGAUGGCUGUGUGCUGUGUGAACUCAUCAACAGCCUGUAUGGAGCCAACAAGCCCAUCAAGAACAUCAAGAAAGCUCAAAUGGCUUUCAAGCAGAUGGAGCAGAUCUCCAUGUUCCUCAAAGCUGCGGAAAACUAUGGAGUCACGAAAACAGACAUGUUCCAGACUGUAGACCUCUUCGAAGGAAAGGACCUGGCUGCUGUUCAGAGGACCCUGAUGGCUCUGGGCUGUUUGGCAGUCACAAAAAAUGAUGGGUGUUACAAAGGAGACCCCAGCUGGUUCCACAAGAAGUCCCAGGAGAACAGGAGAGACUUCUCCGAGGAACAGCUGAGCGAAGGCAAGAAUGUCAUCGGCCUGCAAAUGGGCACAAAUAAAGGAGCAUCUCAAGCCGGCAUGACGGGCUACGGACGACCCAGACAGAUCAUCAACAACCCCUGAGCGCCGACGCCCCCCCCCCCAACCCCCCACCCCCCCCCCCCCCCCCCCCCCGUUCUCUGGAAGGCCGGCCGGCGAGGACGAAGACACUCUGACUCUGAGCCCGGCCCUUCGGAGAAACGCGACCUGACCUUUUGGAGCAUAACUGGACCACAACAGGGACCAACCAGAGCAUGUGCACAUGUGUAACACAUAUGAAGAUGAUGCAUUUAACUGUGUCACCUUGUACAUAAUUUUAAUUUUUAAGGAUCAUUCCAGUUUUCUGCAUGUUCUGAGUCACUGCCUUUGAAUCAGAUGAAUGUUUCAUUAAUAAAAAAAACUAAAAGAUUGGA